AUGCUGUUUCCUAGGCAAGGAGGCAAGGGAGCCUUGCGUUUGUUGCUCUCCGUUCUGCUCCUCGCAGCCUGGAAGACUGGGAGUGGUCAGGUCCACUACUCGGUCGCCGAGGAGGCCAAACACGGCACCUUCGUGGGCCGCAUCGCCCAGGACUUGGGGCUGGAGCUGGCGGAGCUGGUGCCGCGCCUUUUCCGGGUGGCGUCCAAAGGCCACGGGGACCUUCUGGAGGUAAAUCUGCAGAAUGGCAUUUUGUUUGUGAAUUCUCGGAUCGACCGGGAGGAGCUGUGCGGGCGGAGCGCGGAGUGCAGCAUCCACCUGGAGGUGAUCGUGGACAGGCCGCUGCAGGUUUUCCAUGUGGUGGUGGAGGUGAAGGACAUUAAUGAUAACCCACCGGUUUUCAGAGCAAGAGAACAAAGGUUAUUUAUUCCUGAAUCUAGACUGGUGGAUUCACGUUUCCCGAUAGAGGGAGCUGCUGAUGAGGACAUUGGUACCAACGCUCUUCUAACUUACACCCUCAGCCCCAGCGAUUAUUUCUCUUUGGAUGUACAGGCAAGUGAUGAACUCAGUAAGUCACUUUCACUUGAAUUGAGGAAAUCUUUGGAUAGAGAAGAAACACCAGAACUUCAUUUAUUAUUGACAGCCACUGAUGGGGGCAAACCAGAGCUGGAAGGUACAGUUCAGCUGCUGAUCACAGUGCUCGACGUUAAUGAUAAUACCCCACUGUUCGCCCAGGCUGUGUACAGAGUCCAUUUAUUAGAAAGUACAGCAAAUGGAACAUUAGUGACUACAUUAAACGCCUCUGAUGCCGAUGAAGGUGUAAAUGGAGAAAUUGUUUUUUCCUUUGGCAGUGAUGUUCCUCUAAACAUUCAAAAAAACUUCAAAAUUGAUUCCAACUCAGGAGAAAUUAGGCUAGUUGGUAGACUGGAUUAUGAGGAAACAAAAUCCUAUGAAAUUCAGGUAAAAGCAGUUGAUAAAGGAAAUCCUCCAAUGUCGAAUCACUGCAAGGUUUUAGUGAAAGUGCUGGAUGUAAAUGACAAUGCUCCACAACUGGCAAUCACACCCCUGUCUUUGCCGGUCAGAGAGGACACUCCACUCGGCACCGUCAUCGCCUUUGUCUCCGUGUCCGACCGUGACUCCGGCGUCUAUGGGCAGGUGACCUGCUCUCUGAUGCCUGAUAUCCCAUUCAAGCUGGUGUCCACCUUCAAGAACUACUAUUCGCUGGUGCUGGACAGCGCCCUGGACCGAGAGACCAAAAGUGUUUUUACUAUGAUUUUGACCUCUAGAAAUUUUAAAUCUCCACAUACGAUCUGGGAAGCUGGGAGCGGCCAGGUCCACUACUCGGUCCCGGAGGAGGUCAAACACGGCACCUUCGUGGGCCGCAUCGCCCAAGACCUGGGGCUGGAGCAGGCGGAGCUGGUGCCGCGCCUUUUCCGAGUGGCGUCCAACGGUCAUAGAGACCUUCUGGAGGUAAAUCUGCAGAAUGGCAUUUUGUUUGUGAAUUCUCGGAUCGACCGGGAGGAGCUGUGCGGGCGGAGUCUGGAGUGCAGCAUCCACCUGGAGGUGAUCGUGGACAGGCCGCUGCAGGUUUUCCAUGUAGAGGUGGAGGUGAAGGACAUUAACGACAACCCGCCAAGGUUUUUCCGACAGGAACAAAGAUUAUUUAUUUUAGAGUCAAGAAUAGUGGAUUCCCGGUUUCCGCUAGAGGGCGCAUCUGAUAUGGAUGUCGGAGCAAACGCAGAACUGAGAUACAAAUUAAAUCCUAAUGAAUAUUUUGAUUUGGAUGUUAAAGCAAAUGAAGAAGAAACAAACAUUUUAGAGCUGGUCUUAAAGAAAGCAGUAGAUCGAGAAGAAAUCCAGGAACAUCUUUUAUUACUGACUGCAAUUGAUGGAGGAAAACCUGAACUAACAGGUACAGUUCAAUUAUUGAUCAACGUAUUGGAUGCGAAUGAUAAUGCCCCCAAAUUUGAUAAAUCAGUUUAUAGUAUCAGAUUAUUAGAAAAUGCACCGAAUGGGACAUUAGUUAUUAAACUGAAUGCCUCAGAUGCAGAUGACGGCAUUAAUAAGGAAAUAGUAUACCUCUUUAGUGAUCUUGUUCUUGACAAUGUCAAAUCUAAAUUUAUAAUCGAUUCGAAUAAUGGGGAAAUAACAGUUAAGGGAGAACUGGAUUACGAAGACUGUAAUUUAUAUGAAAUUAAUAUUGAUGCUGUAGAUAGAAGUCCAUUCCCAUUAACUGGACACUGCAAAGUAAUAGUAAAACUCCUAGAUGAGAAUGAUAAUACCCCAGAGAUGGUCAUAACUUCCAUAUCUCUGCCGGUCCAAGAGGACGCUUCAGUGGGGACUGUCAUCGCCCUGAUCAGUCUGUCCGACCGCGACUCUGGUCUCAAUGGGCAGGUGACCUGCACCCUGUCACCCCACGUUCCCUUCAAGCUGAGGCGGCAGAGGGUGUGCUCCGGGGAGGGCCCGCCCCCGCCCAAGACCGACCUCAUGGCCUUUAGCCCUAGUGUUCCCCCUUGUUCAAGUUCUGGAGAUAGUGGAGAACAACAGGAGAUUUUUGGGAAUGAUGAACCUUAUUUAGUUGCUGAAAACAGUAAUAGUGGUAGUAAUAGCAGUAAUGAAAUAGAUGGCUAA